AUGCCAGAGACACUUCGCAACCUUAGCAGUAUUGAGAUCAAGAAUCUCAACGACAAGCUAGUCCGCAAAAUGGACCUCAUCAUUCUACCGACCAUUGGGAUACUAUACAUCCUGAAUUAUAUUGAUCGUCAAAACUUGGCCGCGGCCAAGCUGCAAGGCAUUACUGACUCCCUUCACAUGUCCACCGAACAGUUUGCUACGGUGGUUUCAAUCCUCUUCGUCGGUUAUUUGCCAUUUCAGAUUCCAAGCAAUCUUCUUAUCACCAAAAUCUCCAGACCUGGGAUGUAUAUCUGCUGUGCUGUGAUCAUCUGGGGAUCUAUCUCCGCUGCGACGGCGGCCGUCAAGACUUACAAGCAGCUUCUUGCUGUGCGGACCAUUCUGGGAGUUGCCGAGGCUGUCUUCUUUCCCGGUGCCAUCUAUUACCUCUCGGCCUGGUAUACGAAAAAGGAGCUCGGGAAGCGCAUCGCUGCCUUGUAUAUUGCGCAGCAAGUUGGCAACGCCUUCGGCGGGCUCUUCGCUGCUGCUGUUUUUCAGCUCGACGGAGUCCACGGCAUUCGCGGUUGGCAGUGGCUCUUCAUCAUCGAGGGUAGUGCUACGGUUGGCGUUGGAGCGAUCUGCGCAUGUGUCAUGCCCGAGUUCCCGCACAACAGCCGUAUCCUCUCUCAGAUUGAGAGGGACCUCGCUGUCUGGCGUAUCGAGUCUGAAGCUGGUGCAGCAGAGGGCACAGAGAAUGAGACUGUGGUGCGGGGCUUCGCCAAAGCUCUAUCCGAUCCCAAGCUAUUGCUUCUCAUCUUCUGUAACAUGCUCUCGCAAGCCCAAGGAUCCAUCGCUAACUACUUCCCCACGCUUGUCGCGUCCCUGCACUUCUCCUCUACUAUCAGCCUGCUUCUCACUGCACCGCCCUACGUUCUCGCUGGUUUUGUCUACUAUUUUCUCAUGUUCUACUCGGAUCGCAAGAACACCGUAUAUCCCUUAAUUAUCAUUUGCAUCGCAAUCGCGUGCGGCAUGUACAUUAUUCCGAUGGUUACUCUCAAUGUUGGAGCCCGCUACUUCUCCAUGAUGAUCCUGCCUUUUGCAUCAGUUGGCCCUCAACUCCUCCUCUACAAGACAAUCAAUCUGCAUCUCGCAAGACCGGUCUCCAAGCGCGCAGCUGCAUCUGCUCUGGUCAACGCCAUUGGCGGCACUUCCAACAUCUGGGCCUCGUACUUGUACUACCAGUCUCCCCAUUUCUAUGCUGCGUUUGGUACCCUGAUGGGCUGCGCCCUGUUAUUCGCGGGCACCAUUACAUUCUACCGCUGGCUAGUUCUGCGCGAAAACAAACGUCUGGACUCAGGCGACCAGGCAGAGAUUGCGAAGGUUAUUAAGAGCGGAGUUACAGAGGAAAUGGUAGCUCUGAACUGGCGCUAUGAGAUGUACUGA